AACUAAAAUGUAUUUUGCACCCUGUUAUAUAGUGAUCGCGGUUUUAUUAAUUUUGAAAAUUAAUGACAUCUAUGCCGUGGGACAAUUAUAUGCAUCGCAAGCAAAUGUUACAUAUUAUAUUGAAUUUGAGCGCAAGUACACUUGGUUUGAUAGUCAACUGGCAUGCUCAAGCAUGAACAUGACAUUGGUGGAGAUUAGUACAAGUUCAAAAUCCCAGGAUCUUGACGCACUUAUCAAAAUUGUUCAAGAAGAGCAUAAUAAUGAUUAUGACAACUAUCUUUGGAUUGGUGGAAUUCGAAUGCGACUCCCGGAGCAGCAGUUCGUAUGGUUUUCUACGGGUGAAAAAUUUACUUACAGCAAUUGGUAUGGCAUAAAUCCGGAUUUCAGUGACAAUAAUUAUUUUUGUGUUGAAUUGGUUAUGAACGAAAAUCGUAGAUGGAAUGAUCAACAUUGUGUAACUAGAGGUGGUUUUGUGUGUGAAUACAGCAAAGAGAAAAUAAAUCAGCAGGAAUUGCAUAAGAAUCUUCUGCAAGUGCAGCAAAAUCUACAACAAGAAGUAGAAACGCUAAAGGAACAAAUUAACCAAGAACUGCAAAAGCAAAAUAAAUGGCAACAACAAUUUGAAGAGCAAAAAUUGAGAUACCAUAAAGAGCUUGAACAAUUAAAGAAUUACAAUUUACAGCAAUUGGAAAAACUUAAAAACCAAUAUUUAGAAACUCAAGAAGAACAGCUUAAGACGAUUACGCAAAUGAAAGUACGAAAUAAUGAAACUUUGAAGAAUGAAUUAGAAACACAAAAACAGUUGCAGCAACAAAUGCAAGAAAAUUUGGAUGAAAAAGAACAAUUAAACAAGCAACUUCAAGUUGUCAAAGAACAAAAAUCUAAACUAGAAGAGGAUUUGGAAAUGGAAAAAACAAAGCAGCUAAAUCAACAAGCCUUGCAAGAUCAGCGGAAAGAACAAAUAAAGCAAUUUAAAGAACCAGCAGCAGAAAUGGGAGAACGACUUAAAGAAACAAUACAAUUAGAACAAGAAAUGCAAGAUCAAAUAAAAAAACAUAUAGAAAAUGAUCUUCAAAGAAAUGCUAAUAAUAAUAACAUUCUGGUCUACUCUCCCUACUCUAUGGUUUUUAAUUACUACACAGAGAAAACUGAUUCGUGUUCACAACCGAAUUUGGCGCCAAUCGAAUUUUGUCAGUUGCAAGUACUAUCGACAAAUUCGAUUGCAAUAACUGAAUAA